AUGCCGACAAUCGCCAGCUCUCCGUCGGUAUCGGUCAAAGUUCGAAAUGUAGUGAUCCUGGCCUGUGCGAUUGAUGCUGCUGACAAGGCCUUGCUGCCAGCCACCUUUGGGGCUCUCGCCGAGCAGCUCCAGGUGGGUCCGUCGCAGCUGGGCAUGCUGAAUUUCGCCCAGAGCAUCGCCUUCUCCUUGGCUCUUCCAUUUUGGGGCUCCCUGAUGCAGUUCUACUCGCCGCGCGAUCUGCUGGCUGGCGGCUGCUUCCUGUGGGGUCUGGUAACGCUCGUGAUUGCCACGAGCUCAAACUACAUGAUUCACCUGAUGCUGCGGCUCGUCAUGGGCGCUGCUUUGGCGGUGGUGGCCCCGAUUGGCCAAGCCAUGCUUUGCGACCUGGUUCCUGAAGCCGAGCGGGGCUGGGUCUUCGGGCUUCUGCAGUCCGCUUGCACCUUGCUGAGUGUUGGCGUGACCUUCCUCACCACGGGCUUUGCAAGGGUGCUCGUUGCCGGCGUACAUGGCUGGCGAUACAUUUAUGCCGUGGUUGGCGUCGUCUCCUUCUUUGCCGCCACCGCAGUCGUGACAGUCAUUCCCCCCUCACUGGCUUCGCCUGGAAUGUCUGCAAAGGGUCGCUCCUGGUGGGAAGAGCAGGCCCGUGUGGUGCAGCUGGUGUUGAAGAAGCCGUCCUUCAUCAUCAUGGUCUCUCAAGGUGUUACCGGAGGAAUACCAUGGAAUGGCUUUGCAUUUCUGCCAUUGUAUUUCCAACUGAGCGGAUUUAGCGACUUCCGAGCGGGGGAGAUCAUGCUUUAUGGAGGCCUUGGUGGGAUAGUUGGUGGUGUUCUCGGUGGCUGGCUGGGCGAUCGCUUCCAUCGCCGGUGGCCCUAUGGGGGCCGCUGUGCCGUCGCACAGCUCUCUGUCCUGCUGGGUGCACUGCUCUUCGUGGCUGUGAUGGCCAGCCCUGCGCGAUUCUCCUUGGUCGUGUGCGGCUACUUUGCCUUCCAGGUGGUCUCGUGUUGGACGCCAGCGGCCGCUUUGAGGCCCAUCUGUGGCGAGAUCGUCCGCGACAGUCAUGACAGAGCACAGAUCCUUGCAUUGUGGAUAGCUUUGGAGGGCAUCAUCUCCUCCUUUCUUGGGGCGCCGUUGGUUGGCGUCAUCUCCGAGGCCUUUGGCUGUAGACUCGCCGGCCCGGGCACAUUGAAAGCCCAGACUCCAGAGGAGGUUCCAGCCUUGCGUUCUGCCCUGUUGGCAGUGGCUCUGAUCCCAUGGGUGCUUUGUGGGCUGGCCUGGUUUCCCAUGUUUGUUGCGCUUGCUGAGAGCUUCACUCUGUUUUGUUUUGAAGGUCCUUUCUUCAGCAGAAAUGGUGGAGAAGCCAACAGCUGCUCAGACGUUGGAGGCACCUCCGUCGUCAUCAACUUUUGGCAAAGGUAUCUCGAGAAGCUCGCUGCCUAUGAGUUCCUUACACAGCCGGACCCGAGCUUGAGUCUCGGCUUCAACGCGGGCGACAAGAUCUCGUACUGGGACCUAAGCUGCGGGACUUGGGUCAACGGCUUCGUGAAAGAGCGAGUCGUUGAUGGUCAAGGUGACGUGGCGGUUGCAUACCACUUGGAUAUCAAACCAUCGGCCCAUCCUCAGCACGUCCGACGUCGACUAAAAGAGGAAACGUUGGCGAAGAAGGCAGUGGACUUGAUCCGCAGAUACGUGCCUCUGAAGGCCGAUCGUGCGCUCCCUGGGGAUCUGAUGAGGAGCAUGACAAGCUGCUUCUGGAGCUGUAUCCAGCAGGUGCCGCUGGUCUUUCGGCCAGUCAUGACGCUGCCCCCACAGCAGAUGGUCAUCAACGUCCCUGUUGCCCCCCCUGCACCCACACAGUCGCGGCCACAGUCCCCCCAGCCCCAGUCCAGCAGGCCAAGGAACACAUCCUCGCAGUCAAUUCCAGCUGCACCUUCGCCAGUCCAUAUACCUGCCUCAGGCCCAGGCCCAGGCGUCCCGGGACCAAUCCUUCCGCCACCUGCUAUGCCGGUAUUCGGGUACCCCAACGCGAACAUGUCAAACAUGGCGAACGGGAGCCCCAAUCCAGGCCAGAUGCCACCUGUUCCCCAGAACCUGCCGGUCUUUGCAUUUCCCCAGAACCGGUCUGGUGGACAGCUGCCCAUCUUCGCUUGUCCUGGGCCGAGCCCAGGCCCAGGCGGCAAAAGCGGACCGGCUGCAUCGCCUGGCACGUCGCCCGCUCUCCCCGUCUUCGCAGCUCCGACUGUUCCUGGUUUGGCCCUGCCUCCCUCCUUGGGGCCGCACACGCCUCGCACACCUCGCGAGGAAGCGCCUGUGCCUUCCCCUCCCAAGCCAAAGCAGAUCAAAGAAAGUGAGGCAGAAUGGAGGAACUGGAACUUGAGGAAGGGGCCUGCAUCCAUAGAAGGGCGGGCAAAUGAGCAGGAAAGCAUCAAGGAGGUUCUUAGCCCUGGCGAUGAGUCGAUGGACUUCGAGGAGUUCUCGGACAUCAGAAACUCCGAUGGCACCAUCGGCGUCUUGAUGGCUCCAGGCCAGAGCCGCGUCAUGCUUUGA